GGCCCGGCGCUGCUCGCCAAGAUGGCGGACGAGGAGGGUGAAGGGCCGCCGCGCUCGGCCGCGGCCCCGCAGCGGAACGGCGGCGAUGAAGGAGCCCCGGGGGGACCGCGGGUGGUCCGCAUCGUGAAAUCCGAAUCCGGAUACGGCUUCAACGUGCGGGGCCAAGUGAGCGAGGGCGGGCAGCUGCGGAGCAUCAACGGCGAGCUGUACGCGCCGCUGCAGCACGUCAGCGCCGUGCUGGGCGGGGGGGCGGCCGACCGCGCCGGGGUCCGCAAAGGAGACCGCAUCCUGGAGGUGAACGGGGUGAACGUUGAAGGAGCAACACACAAGCAGGUGGUUGACCUGAUCCGUGCUGGGGAGAAGGAGCUGAUCCUGACAGUGCUGUCGGUGCCUCCCCACGAGGCCGACAACCUCGACCCCAGCGACGACUCCUUGGGGCAGUCCUUCUACGACUACACAGAGAAGCAGGCCGUGCCCAUCUCCAUCCCCACCUACAAACACGUGGAGCAGAACGGAGAGAAGUUUGUGGUAUACAACGUUUACAUGGCCGGUCGGCAGCUCUGCUCCAAGCGGUACCGUGAGUUCGCCAUCCUGCACCAGAACCUGAAGCGGGAAUUUGCCAAUUUCACCUUCCCACGUCUCCCUGGAAAGUGGCCCUUCUCCCUGUCGGAGCAGCAGCUGGACGCCCGGCGGCGAGGGCUGGAGGAGUACCUGGAGAAAGUGUGCUCCAUCCGUGUCAUCGGAGAGAGUGACAUCAUGCAGGAGUUCCUGUCGGAGUCGGAUGAGAAUUACAACGGCGUCUCAGACGUGGAGCUCCGGGUAGCGUUACCAGACAUAACAACAGUGACAGUCAGAGUCAAAAAGAACAGCACUACAGACCAGGUGUACCAGGCCGUGGCUGCUAAAGUUGGAAUGGACAGUGUUACCGCCAACUACUUCGCCUUGUUUGAAGUGAUCAAUCACUCCUUCGUGCGCAAGCUGGCGCCCAACGAAUUUCCCCACAAACUCUACGUGCAGAACUACACCUCGGCAGUGCCGGGGACGUGCCUGACCAUCCGGAAAUGGCUGUUCACGACAGAGGAGGAGGCUCUUCUCAAUGACAACGACUUGGCAGUCACCUACUUCUUCCAUCAGGCUGUUGAUGAUGUCAAGAAAGGCUACAUCAAAGCAGAGGAGAAGUCCUACCAGCUACAGAAGCUGUGUGAGCAGAGGAAGAUGGUCAUGUAUUUAAACAUGUUGCGGACGUGCGAGGGUUACAACGAGAUCAUCUUCCCUCACUGCUCCUGUGACUCUCGGCGGAAGGGACAUGUGAUCACGGCCAUCAGCAUUAAGCACUUUAAACUCCACGCCUGCACCGAAGAGGGACAGCUGGAGAACCAGGUAAUAGCAUUUGAAUGGGACGAAAUGCAGCGGUGGGACACGGACGAAGAGGGAAUGGCCUUUUGUUUUGAAUAUGCUCGAGGAGAGAAGAAACCCCGAUGGGUUAAAAUCUUCACCCCCUACUUCAACUACAUGCAUGAGUGCUUCGAGCGGGUUUUCUGUGAGCUCAAGUGGAGGAAAGAGGUGGAGGAGGAGGCAACAGACAAGGAUAACCAGAACUGCAGCACAGACACGGUGUGCAGCAAGAACAUCUUCCAGACGGUGCGGUCACAGCAGAGGGAUGCGGCCACUUAACCACGGCACAGCAGAACGUAACCCCUCACCCCAGCCCCCAAAUUAACACUUAAAAAUUCUGUUAUUGUAUUAAAGCCCUUAAACUAAAUAUUAUUAAUAAUAA